AUGGCGACGAACUCCUCCAAUACCACUGCCACGGGAGAGGUCGGAUGGCAAGCCGCGCCACUUACCCGCGGGACCGCGAGCAUCCUGUGGAACUGCGCAUCUGUUGUCCUUCUCGUUACCUGGACUAACUUCCACCCCCCGGUUGGUACUACUCAGAGACACCGAGUUUUUAACACGAUCACGGCGAUACUCGUCCCAGAGUUGUCGGCACUGGUGGCAUUCAGGGAUUUCAUCUUUGCUUUCCGACUACGGAAGGCAUUGAGAUCAGAGAUGGAGUCGGAGAGCUGGGGAACCGAAUGGACCUUGACCAAAUCUUUUCUGGUUUUUAAAAGAGGCAUCCGUCUUCGGCCACACACUCAUCGUGCUGCCAGUGACUUGAGUUCUAGUCAAUGCAGCAAUACGACAGCGGACGAUAUCGUCGAUCCGCAAACCUUUUUACGGCUCGCACUCGUGGGCAGCAUCCGAUAUGAGGACUUCCCCAUUUCAGAAGAGAUCGAUGACAAGUCUAAAGCAGACUGGUUCGCCAAGAGCAUCACCCUGUUACAGCUCCUUUGGGCCAUCGUGAACAUCGGGUGCAGAAGGAGCUACAACUACCCCGCUUCUGUGUUGGAGAGAUUGAUGUUUGAAUGGAUCAUAUUUGGACUCCUUGCUUUCAUUCCAUGGUGGAGAUGUCCACAAAACAUCAAGAAACCGUACGAUGUUCCUUUCCGUGAUUACGCCGAGCUAAUGGCAAUGUCACAUGCACACCAGAACCCGCCACUCUCUCCGGUCGCAUUGCAUAACAAGCUCAUGGAGACCCCAGAAGAUAAGGAUGAUGAAGGCCGGGCAUUUUGGAUUUCGCCGUUCAUUUUGGCAAUGGCAUCAUUAUGUCUCGCUAUGCUUCAUGCGCUGUACUUCCCUAAGCCUGACUACCAGUGGCAUUCAAUACCCGCUUAUAAGGCGUGGGUGUUCUUCACAACAUCUUACUACAUAGCGGCAUUGGCACUGAUUUACCUGGAUCUUCUUUUCUGGAAUUUCAAGUCAUUGGAAUACCUCCAAGGAAGAUAUGAAAAACUGCUGAAGCUUGAAGCCCCCGGGGCUUAUGAACAGACCACUGAGCCUUACAGCAAAUGGGCUGAUGUAGCCUUGGGGAUGGGCAUUUAUAACGUGGGUGAAUUGGACUCAGCGGAGACGACCGUGAAUAUGGAAUGGGGGGAGUUCAAUUUGUUGAAGGUGGUGGUGGUGACUGCUUGUGUCGCUCUGUUCUCUCAAUUUGCAAGGCUAGUCAUCGCCCUCACAGCCUUCUCCUGUGCCCCUCGCAGCAUAUAUGAUGUUUUUCAGACAUGGAUAUUGGAGGCUCUGGCACAUGUGGGUGGGUAG